GUUGACCUUUGAAGCCCGAUCUCAUCGUGCAUCCUACCAACUCAGACCCGACAAGAAUCGCAAAGACAAAAUGAGGAUCGUAUUCACCGGAGGGAGUGGCAGAGCAGGAAAACAUUGCGUCCCAUACCUCCUUUCCAAAGGCCACAAGGUGCUCAACCUUGACUUGGUCAAACUCGAUCACCCGGAUGUCAUGACCCUCAAGACUGAUCUGACAGACUCUGGUCAAGUCUUCAAUGCCCUGACAUCCCUCUUCUCAAUGGAUGAAUACUCUUUGCCAGAGAGACCCGGUCGACCCGAUGCUGUCAUCCAUUUCGCCGCCUAUCCCUGUAACCUCAUCGUUCCUGACAACACGACCUUCACGUCGAAUGUUGCACAGACUUACAAUGUCAUCGAGGCCGCUUGCAAGCUUGGCAUCCCUCGAAUUAUCAUCGCCUCAUCGGAGACCGUCUACAAUGUCUGCUUUACCCAAGGUGAUUCCGACUACAACCAAUUCCCACUCGACGAAGAAACGUACGACACGAACCCUGAAGAUUCAUACGCUUGCUCCAAGCUCUGCGGCGAGAGGAUCGCCAGAUCCUUUGCCAGACGAUUCAAUACGGACAUUUACGCCUUCCGAAUUGGAAAUGUCAUCAUCCCAGAGGACUAUAAGAAGUUCAAACAGUUCGCAGAGGAUCCAGCUUCUCGAAAGAGGAACGCUUGGAGCUACAUUGACGCUAGAGAUCUAGGACAGAUCUGUCAUUUAGCUUGUGAAAAGGGAGGACUGGGUUACCAAGUCUUCAAUUGCACAAACGAUACAGCGACUCUGAAUGAAAAGACAGGGGAUUUCCUCAAACGAGAGUUUCCCAACGUCAAGGUCACCAGAGAGUUGGGAGAUGACGAAGCGCCGUUGUCGAACAAGAAAAUCAAGGACGUAUUGGGAUUCAAGGAGGAGCACAACUGGAGAAAGUAUGCCUAGAUCCUUGCACGAGAUCCGGUCCAAGAUGUAAUGUCAUAAGAUGAAUA